AUAAGAAUAGGGGUGCCGCUGUAGGACUUUAAAACCCAUUUUGUUUCAUUUGAGUUUUGACAAAUGUAGGGUGUUAAAGCCAUUUUAUUUCAUUUCAUUUCAUUUGAGUUUUGACAUUUAUACUGUCUGACUAGAUCCGGUUUGGUUAUGGUGUAUUAGCAAUGGACGCCACCGAGUAAUAUCUAACCUCAUAGAAUGCUGUUCGUUUCGUGAUAUGACUAUAUCACCGUGGAAUGCCAUUCAGUUUAGUGUGAUAGGAUGUGAGGACAUGUUGAAGCUCAAAAUAUUGAGUCGUUUGGACGUGACCGUCAAAACUGCUUAUCCGGACACGUAACCCUUUUAAGAUUUCGGGUCAAUUUUUUAGUUGGGUGACCUGGUAAUCGAUUCCCGUUCAUUGAGAGGUCUAUACAGUGAAUGACCCGAAUGCUGUUCUUGAUAACGAAAGGACAAUAACCAGAACGCACAGGCAUGAAAUUUGACGAUAUUCUUCACCAUGUUGGUGAAUUUGGACCGUACCAACGACGAUUAUACUUUUUGGUUUGUUUACCUGCCAUUACCAUCGCCUUCCAUGGUAUGAUGCCUAUAUUUAUAUUAGAUAUACCUGAUUAUAGAUGUGCGAUUCCUGGUCUAAAGAAUGACAGUUAUGGGUCAGGUGGUAUUUGGCAUCAAGAAUUGUUAAAUGAUUCUAUACCGUAUAAAGAUGGCAAACUAUCGCAAUGUUUGGUAUAUGACAAUACAACAGGUCAUCAUGACGCCAAUAGCAGCGUCAAACAAUGUGAUCAAUGGGUUUAUGAUGAGUCUGUAUAUGAGAAUACCGCAGUAACACAGUUGAAUUUAGUGUGUGGUAAAGAAAUAGAUAGAUCCCAUCUCAAUAUGAUAAAUAUGGCCGGAAAUCUGGUCGGUUCGUUAGGAUUUGGACUUUUAUCUGAUAUACUUGGGCGGAAGAAAGUGAUGAUGAUUAAUAUAAUAAUACAUAUUACAGCUGGUAUAGGAACCGCUUUUAUAACAGAUUUUACAGGCUUAGCGAUACUCAGGUUCAUGGAUGGCACGUCUAAUUCUGGUCUAUUUCUCAUGGUCUUUGGUAUAGGCAUGGAACUUGUGGGUCCUUCAAAAAGAACAUUUUGUGGAAUUGUCAUAGACUUUUUUUGGAUUCUUGGAUUAUUUGGUCUUGGUGGUUUAGCGUACUGGUUAAGAGACUGGCGACAUUUAACUUUAGCCUGUUCUAUACCUGCCGUGGUCUUUCUGUCUUAUGGCUGGCUAGUUCCUGAGUCUCCAAGAUGGCUUCUAUCAAGGGGACGCAACGACGAAGCAGAAGCCAUUAUCAAAAAAGUGGCCGAAUCUAAUAAAAGGGUUGUACCAUCGAAUAUGUUUGGAGAUGACACGCUAGACGAAGGCCCUAAAUCAAAACUAUCAGAAAUGUUUACAACCCCACGAUUGGUUAUAACAUCAGUUAUACUGUUUUAUAAUUGGUUUGUGGUAAAUCUUGUGUAUUAUGGAUUGAGCUUAAAUAUUGGUAAUCUAAGUGGUGACAUCUAUCUAAAUUAUACCUUAUCUAAUAUAGCAGAAUGUGUGGCUUAUAUUGGUUGUAUUUUGUUGUUGGAUAAAGUCGGAAGAAAAUUUUUAUUAACUACUUGUUUUAUUGUUGGAGGACUUGGAUGCGUUUCUAUUUUAUUUCCUGUUAUAUAUGGAAGUUCAUCUCAGGCCUGGAUAACCAUAAUGAUCACUAUGAUUGGUAGACUGGGUUGUUCCGGUUCCUAUGCUAUCAUGUUCGUUUACUCGGCUGAAAUCUUUCCAACUGUUGUCAGAAGCUCUGGAAUGGGCGUCUGUGCGGUUUUUUCCCGUAUUGGGGGAGUUGUCGCCCCUUACAUAGCAGAUUUGGGUUUAUUAACAGGUGGAGACUUAAAGACAGCUCUACCUCUACUGGUAUUUGGGGUAACGUCUCUUUUGGCGGGAAUCUUGACUCUUGUUUUACCAGAAACUUUAAAUAAACAACUACCAGAAACAAUUGAUGAUGCUAAAAUAUUGACCAAAGGUGGUAUAAGCUGUGGAAGAAAAAAACAUUAUGAGAUGAAUGAUAAACAUCAACAUAAAAAUAGUGGACUUGAUAACUAUGGUUACCUGGAGAAAUAGCCGUAAAAUAUACGGGGUGGGGACGAACAAUAUCAUUACUAGAGGACAAUAUAAAUGCUAUAAUGGGGGGAAGGGGUGGGGAGCAAUGUAAAU